AUGGACAGAUUUCGCAUGUUCUUCCAGCACUUCCAGUCCAGCUCGGAGUCAGUGAUGAACGGCAUCUGCCUGCUGCUGGCCGCGGUCACUGUCAAGCUGUACUCCUCCUUCGACUUCAACUGCCCCUGCCUGGCGCGCUACAACGCGCUCUACGGCCUGGGCCUGCUGCUCACGCCCCCGCUCGCCCUCUUCCUCUGCGGCCUCCUCCUCAACCGGCAGUCCGUGGUGAUGGUGGAGGAGUGGCGUCGGCCCGUGGGGCGCCGGAAGAAGGACCUGGGCAUCAUCAGGUACAUGUGCUCCUCUGUGCUGCAGAGAGCAAUGGCUGCACCCCUGGUCUGGAUCCUGCUGGCCCUCCUUGAUGGGAAGUGCUUUGUGUGUGCGUUCAGCAACUCUGUGGACCCCGAGAAGUUUCUGGACUUUGCCAACAUGACCCCCAGCCAGGUACAGCUCUUUCUGGCCAAGGUGCCCUGCAAGGAGGAUGAGCUGGUCAGGGAUAGCCCUGCCCGAAAAGCCGUGUCUCGCUACCUGCGGUGCCUGUCACAGGCCAGCGGCUGGAGUAUCACCCUGCUGCUGAUCGUGGUGGCCUUUCUGGCCCGCUGCCUGAGGCCCUGCUUCGACCAGACAGUCUUCCUGCGGCGCAGAUACUGGAGCAACUAUGUGGACCUGGAGCAGAAGCUCUUCGACGAGACGUGCUGUGAGCAUGCGCGGGACUUCGCGCACCGCUGCGUGCUGCACUUCUUCGCCAGCAUGCAGGGCGAGCUGCGGGCUCGGGGGCUGCGUCGGGACCCGCUGGAGGGGAGCCUGGAGACCCCGGAGCCCCUGGGGCCCCCAGAAGACCAGGACUACGGAAGCAGGAAGGCCCACUUGCGCGCAGUGUGCAGCCGAGAGCAGGUGGAUCACCUCCUGAGCACCUGGUACUCCAGCAAGCCUCCUCUUGACCUUGCAGCAUCUCCUGGGCUCGGGAGGACUGGCCUCAGCCACCGUGCCCACAUGGUGACUCCUGGCACCAGGCUGUCCCAGCACACCGAUGUGUAGAGACCCUACCAGGCUUGAGUAACAGCAGUGUUCCCAUGUGAAAUGCCCAUGGCCUAGGGCCCAGCCUGCCCUUGUUGGCCUCCUUCCAAAUAGCUCAUAGCUGCCUAGUUUCUAGGUGUGACC